GUAGGGAAAACGGAUUCCCUCGCUGUGUUUCCGCCCCUGACGUCAGUGUACGAGUCCUUCCUCCAAAGCGAGGUGAAGCGAUUAUGAUCUCCGGUACAUGAAUGUGUGAAUAACGCCUCCUGAACACAAAACAAGAAACUCAGAAAGUAUUUCCAGCAAGACACAGACGACCUCUUGACAAGUUUAUCUUCCUUCCAAAGUUUUAAAGACAGAAAAUUGCAACGCUCGCCUCAGGAGCUGUAGAAGGAUAACAGCAAGGAGAGGCAGCAGUGUAUGUGUGUGGUUGUGAAGGAGUGUGUGUGUAUGGUGUUUGGGUGUGUGUAAGUAAUGGACCAGCAAAGACAGCGUGCUCUCUCCACAUCUGGGGAAACACUGUACCAGGUUCUCGGGGUUACUAAAAAUGCUACACCAGAUGACAUCAAAAAGUGCUACAGGAAACUUGCUCUGAAGUUUCACCCGGACAAAAAUCCUAAUAACCCAGAAGCAGCAGAUAAGUUUAAGGAGAUAAAUAACGCUAACGCCAUCCUCAACGAUCCCACCAAACGCAACAUUUAUGACCAGUACGGCUCUCUCGGCCUCUACGUGGCUGAGCAGUUUGGAGAGGAGAACGUUAACACAUACUUUGUGCUGUCCAGCUGGUGGGCCAAAGCGCUGUUUAUCUUCUGCGGCAUUGCGACCGGUUGCUACUGUUGCUGCUGCCUGUGCUGCUGCUGUAACUGCUGCUGUGGGAAGUGUAAACCACAGCCUCCUAUGGAAAACGAUCCUGAGUUUUAUGUCUCCCCUGAGGACCUGGAGGCUCAGUUAAAGGCAGAUGAGAAAGACGGAGAUCCCAUCGUGGUGCAGCCUUCCUCAGCUACAGAAACCACUCAGCUGACAGCAGAUGGUCACCACACCAGCUACCGUACCGACAGUGGACUCGACUAGACGACUCGCUCGCUUUCCCUCCUGUAGAACACCAGAGCAGCAGAGGGAGCCAUCCUGCGUCCUCCACCCAGGGACUGCUGUGAGGCCUGAACGAGUGGACAGGUGUCUGUGUCUCUCUGCUGUGCAAUGUCAAAACUCUCAAAGCUUAGGCUUGCCUCUGCUCAUGUAAUGGAGCACAGUUUUGUUUUUUCCUUUGCAGUCUGUUUGAAAGCCUUUCUCACGUCCCACAUGCGGUCCCACACACGAGCCUGCUCAGUCCUGUGUUUCUGUAGCUAGAGAACAUGUUCACUUGAUGCGGUCACAUGCACUCACCUCAAUCUAAUGCAUAGUUUUUCAGAAAUAGUCUUCAUUGUACUUGGAUAGGCAUUUAGAUUAAUUUAUUAACCUUCUCUUCAUAAGACAAAUCUCUUGAAUCUAAAUGACUAAAUUAUUGAUUCAUUUCUAAUAGAUUUAUGAACUUAGUUGUUUACAUUGAUUUUGAUUGAAUAGAGUAAUAGUUAAUCAUGUUUGGACCAUUUUAGCUCAAAUGUCUUUGGGUUCCUAUUUUAACGCACUAUUUAGCAAAGAAAAGUGUACACUGCCUGUUGUCUAGGCAGCUUGCAUCUGCAACUUUGGCUCCGAACCCCGACGCAUUUAUAGAUUUGAAUGAUUUGAAUUUGAAUGAUCGAGGUUUUGUGAAAAAUGGUAGUGUGUGUGUGCACAUCGCAUUUGGGGGGAGGGGCGGGGGCAUAUUUUAGUAUGUUACUUGGUGGACACCAAAUGCCCCCUCAGAGACACAGGAAUAUAUAACAAUGUCUUCACUUUGUGGGGACAUUUGGUUGGUCCUCAGGAGGAAAUCAUUAUUUAGAACACUUACUUUUGGAUAUUAUUGUGAAGCUUAGGGUUAGAUUUAGGUGUGAACAUAGCAUUUAUAAGCCGUGCUAAUAUUUACAUGGUCCUCACAAGGUGAGAGUGAGUGAGAGUGAGUGUGAGAGAGUGAGUGUGAGUGAGUGUGAGAGAGUGAGUGUGAGUGAGUGUGAGUGAGUGUGAGUGAGUGUGAGUGAGUGAGAGUGAGUGAGAGUGUGUGUGAGUGAGUGAGAGUGUGUGUGAGUGAGUGAGAGUGUGUGUGAGUGAGUGAGAGUAUGUGUGUGAGUGAGAGUGUGUCUGUGUGAGUGAGAGUGUGUGUGAGUGAGUGAGAGUGUGUGUGAGUGAGUGAGAGUGUGUGUGAGUGAGUGAGAGUGUGUGUGAGUGAGUGAGAGUGUGUGUGUGAGUGAGAGUAUGUAUGUGAGAGAGAGAAAUACAGCGCCAUCUGCUGAGGAAUGAGGACAGGAAACUUAACCUUGAUUGUGUAUCAAGUUUAUAGUUUUCUAAACACAAGUGGAAUCUGUCUUUCACUGACAUUUACUGAUCAGUUUACGAAGUAAAAUGUCUGAGAAAGAACAGAAAAACGGAUUUUUUUUUUUAAGCUUUUUU